AUGGUUAAGAAGUACAGUAACGCAAGCAAUAAACGAUAUGUUUAUCCAUUACCAGUCCAUCCCACUUUGAAUUCCAAUAACCCUAUCUCGUGGGCUAUAUACUUGUAUAAGUGUUACACGAAUUAUGAAUCAUCGCAAAUUGCUAUAUCCAUAACUAAGAAUGGUCAAAUUAUGGUGACUGAGAGGGAAUCUAUGACAUACCUUUGGGAGCAUGGCUUUUUUGGUACAGGUACAUUGUCAAGAAGUGAGCCAUCGUGGUUUUCUCGUACUUAUAAUGAUGAUAGUAGCACAAAUGUGCUAGAAGCCAUCACUGAAAGAAGAAGAUUGCAAAGGUUAGAAUUCAAGAAUGAGCGUGAAAAGAUUACAAAACGGUUGAAUGAGCUACGAAAAAAGAGAGAUAUAAAUAGUGCUGAAGAUAUUGAAGGCAUUGUGAAGGAAGAAACUAGACUGCUAGAAAUUGAAAGGGAAAGUUUGAGGAACUUCAAAGAAAAGCAAGAAAGCUUGUCUGCAUCUAUAUGGAAACAAAAAGAUGCAGCAACUAGUCUGGAUAUUGAUUUGGUAAAUUACGAGUCUCUAGAGUUGAUGCCUGUAGAAGCCCUAUUUUUGUCUUUUGCCAUACCUGUACUGAAUAUUCGAAGCGAUGACCUUUUGAACACAUUAUUUCAUGAAAAUGCUAAUUGCGAAACGAUUAAUAGAUUUAUAAAUAAAUACGUUGCAUACCACCAUUAUAGAUCACAUGGAUGGUGUGUAAGGUCAGGAAUAAAGUUUGGUACUGACUAUCUUCUCUAUAAGAGAGGGCCCCCUUUCCAACACGCUGAGAUUUGCGUUAUGGUAAUCGAUAGUCAAGCUUCUAAUGAUUAUACUUGGUACUCCACUCUUUCUCGUGUUUCCAGUGGUGCGAAGAAGACUUUACUUUUAUGCUACGUAGAGGUGAUGUUAAACAAUGAAGAAGUAAUGGAAUUAUGGCAAAAGAAAGAUCUGACGACAAUUUUUACGAACUGUAAAGUUGGUGAAGUCAUAUAUAGGAGAUGGGUACCAGGUAAGAACAGAGAUUAG